AAAAAAAGUAUCGUUCCUCCUUCUCUCUCUGUCCUUUAUGAAAUAGAAUUAAUUUCUCUUAAUUUUAGUACCUAGACCGUUUUGUAUAUCAAAAUAAGCUGUUAAUUAGACAAACAAAGGUUGUUUUAAAUUAGAUAAUUUGUGAGUGAUAAAGUGUAGACGGUGUAAUAGAAUAGAAACAACACGACCCGAUGCCCGGAAGAGUUCAAUAAACUUCGGAUGUCAUUCCGCCAAGCACAGCCAGGCUGGGCCUAACCGGAAUAUAAAUGUCAUUCGAUAUUUUAUGUACGAUUUUUAGAAGUGAUUUUUACACUAAGCAUACAUGAACUUAUUAUUCUUGCUAUGGAAAAUCAAAACCUACAGGAGCGGACUGUGCCAAUACAGUAUGUUCGGGGUUCGAGAGCUUUUAGACAGUUUAAAAAUCCACCUCAGCCCCAUAUGUGCAUUCAAGACACUAUACGGGAUACUUCGGAGAAAUUGUUUAUUAAUGUGUUGGGAUGGCAAAAAAUCGCGAAUCCGAAGCAAUAUUCGGACCCUAUACCGCUUUACGGAGGAAUGCAGGUGCCGCAGGGCUGUGGACCCAACAGCACUCGGCCACCGCUACUGGUGUUUGCUGUGAUGGUAAAUCCUGACAUCCUGAAGGCCAAUGGGAAAAAUGCUGCCAAACCUAGUGACAGAGAAGCCCUGGUGAGUUUGCUCUGCGACUUUGUCGAGGCUAUGAACCCAGGGCUGGUGCUAGCACGGAACCCAACUAUUUUGAAGGACCGCGACCUGGCGGGUGAGCUCAAGGACGUGUGGCUCGCAGUACAGAACAAGAGAGAACGGGAGAAAGGCAGCCAGGAUGUUAUGUAUAAGGUUUACGACAUUGACGGUAUAGGCAGUGAAGAGCCGGAAGAGUCGCGCGACCAAGGCAAGAAAACAGUCAAAUCGUCUAAACAGAUACUGCUCAACGCCGGACAGAAGUCGGAGUUUGACUCCGGCAUGAACAACUGUCAGAUCAAUCAGAGCCAUGUCAAUAAUACUGACAAUACUACGUAUUGUACACCAGUAUACGGACAGAUAGUUUCAAGCAGAGAAAACCACAAUCAAAUCAACGACAUACAGCAAAAACUUUCAUCAAACGACACCAAACCAUCUACAUCAUUCCGGAAAGACUGGAACACGGUCCACGGGAAGACUCCGGAGGGCUGGGACGAGUUCUCCAAACGGAACAUAUCCACCAUCAAGAGCGGAGAAGACAAGAAAUCUGAGAAGAAAGUCAACGGGAAGCCACACUACGACUUCUUUCCUGUAUUCGACAAUAAGGAAGAUUCUCCAGAGAACUCUGAGGUCAGUGAGGAUAUUAUAGACUCAAUGCAGAAAUUAGUUCUGCAUUCGACUGAUAAAAAAAAUUGUGAUAAUAAUACAAGUGCUCUCAGCUCUUUAAGCUCGUAGUUCGCUUUUAGGCAUUGUUUUGAACUAGUCAGGUUCAAUGUGACGGUAACUGACCAUUUGUAACAUGUUGUAAAUUACAGAUACAAAAAUUAGACUAUUAUUGGCCAAUUUACCCAUAGAUCACGAGUUAGACGGCGACUGAUGGUCACGAGACUUCUUUAGAGGUCUUCCUGAACCACAUUGGGGAUGAAAUAGGAAUCUGGUGCAUUUAAAUAAGUGAUAGAUGGCUCCCUGGCUUCUGCGUUACUGCCUUCAGGUCAUAUGCUGACUUUCCACCGCGAUAUAGCUGAGUGACGAUAUAAUUUAUGCAUUUUAACUAUCUGACAAAGUUUCAACUGGAAUGCAAUGACAUUUUUUUGACGUGUUUGGGUGGCUGCCAUUCCUCAACCCACCAACGGAGCGGCUGCUGACGUCUACGAGGGUUCGUUAAACAUCGCCCUUAAUCUAUGUUGAUGUGUGUCUAUUCAUUCACCUCAACUCUCUUGCCGUAUACCUAACCUACUCAAACACCAUACUUCAGUACCAAUCGUUUAUUAGGAUAAAUUGAGCCAAUUAAACUGAUAUUUUUAGUAUCUGGUAUAUAAAUACAAAGUAUAGACCUUGUGCAGUUGCAAUAAGCUUUACGAAUGAUCAGUUAAUCGAUUAACUAUAUAUCGAGCGAUUUGUCAAUUUUACUGACAAUAUUGAAAUCUGACCACAAUACAAAUACUCUAAGUAUUCUAACUCAGGAUUUCUUGACGUUUUGCAAAAUUAGAAUGUGCCUAUUUUUUUUUUUCAAUAUUGUCAGUGAUACCAAUCAUGAAAUAAACGCAGUUUUAAUGUGCAUUUACUCCUGAAAUUUAAAGUUUUAAACGAAUGAAACUCGAACAAAUUGUACAAGUGAAAUCUCAUUGUUAAUAAAAUAUUGUAUGAAUGAAAGAGUGAAAAUUCUUUUAGAUAGUUCUUUGUUGGUGUAUGACAUCGAAUUGAACAGUGAACUAUUUAAAUGUCUAUUCAAAAUUUCUAGUGGAGGGUUUUUACAGAAAUACAGACAUAAUUUUUCUGAAAUUACCAAAUAUAAAAAGGACACGGACUCCUACUUUACUUUACUAGUGAUUUAAAAAACUUUAGUUCAAUGUGAAACAAGCACUUACAGAAAAAGACUUUAUACUGUUAUAGAUUAGAGUCUUAAAGCACAUACUUAGCAAAAUUGCGACUUAUUAAUUUUUUAGGGUAUUUAAAAAAAAUUAUUGCUUUAAAACAAUUUAUGUAGUGGACCCUAUCCUAUAAGCACCAUUUUUUGUUUUCUGUGACUACCCUCAGUAUCCAGCAUUGUGUGAGCUUUGAGUGUGCGAGAUAUUGGUAAAUUUGUACAUUUAUGCUAUGUUUAUCAUUGUUGCCAAGUUUUUGAAUAUUUAAAUAUAAAUACGGCAAGCUCAUAUCGCGAUAAUGUUCACGGUUGUUUCUUAGUGUCGGAGGAAUUAAUUAAAUAGUUUCGACAAAUAUUAUAGUCGCUUGUUGAUUAAAAUAGAGUUAAAAGCUUAAUUUUUUAGCAUACUUUUAGGAUAUUUUCUCAACAGCUCCGCUUCCAAAUCUUAGCUGAAACAUUAAAUCUGCAAGUACCCUAGUACAUUUGAAAUACACAAUCACUUUCUUGAAGAUGUUUCUAUAAUAAGUAUGUUUCCGUUUAUGAUUUACAAUAUACAUAUAAUACAAACCAUGGUGCUUACACUAUUUUGAAGUUAGCCAAAUAUGACCUUAAACAAUGUCACGAACAUGCUCUUUCCCUUUGUUUCUUGAAAGUUACUUGACAGAUACUUCAAAAGUUACUUUUACUUGUAAUUUCAAGAGAAUCACUCUGCAACAACAUCAAGGAUAGGUGAAUAUUUUUGUUUUACAUGCAAUAUCCAGUAAUAUUUUUUGGUUAAACCUUUUAGCAUGCCUCAAAAUCCUUAAGCUAUUUGAUUCAUUCCCCCGACACUCCUUUGAUCUCAGCUCGCAUUUUAACUUAGACCAGCCUGUCCAACACUGCCAGACGAUGCUUCUACCCACGGUAGACUGAUUUAUAAAAAGUCAAUAUCCUGCAUGUAAUACAUUCACUGUGUAUAAUUUUUAAAUAAAAGUGUAUGCGUCCACGCAUAGAGGAGGUUUUAAAAAAAACAUUUAGAACUGAAGGCGUAACCAAUCAUGUUUUAAAAUAUUAAUUAAAAGUAUUUAUUAUUCAUAUGGCACUGUCUAAGAUUUGCAAUAGUAUAUUUGAAAUAGAAAUUCAACGUCCAAAAUACUUAUGAUUAUGACGUAUACGGGCUCAGGUAGGUAUAUGAAAUUUUAAUUUUAAACCUAUUUUAUUUAUUUGGAAUGUAGAUAAGGUAAUAUUUUUUUUACAUUAGGAGUGAUAAUUUCUAAAUCAAAAACCCUUAGAGAUUAUCUUCAAAUACAACAACUAUCUAAUUCCACUUUUCUUUAGGUAACAAUACAAUACAAAUACCUACUCUUUAUUGCCCACCUUAUUACAGAAAUCAAAUAACUAACGGUAACUUGCCAAUUUUAAACACAUUUCUUAAGACAGUGAAUGUAUUAUUUCCAUGAACAUCCUUGGUCAAACAUCACAAAUCAAAUUAAUAACUAUUAUUUAAAAAAAUCAGUCUUCUACUAUCUACAAUAUCUACACCUUUCGACCUAAUGUUAAAUUAGUUAGAAUUUUGUAACAUUUGUAUUUCAAGCGCAGAACAAAUAUAUCAUAGCGUAGAUUUUAUAUGGUUGUUUAGUCCGUAAUAUAUAACAUACCAGUCUUAUGUGCAAUCUUCACGUCACAUAUAUUUGUAUGUAAUUUAUGAGUGAGUUUCAGUAUUUUUAAUGACACAAUCGUAUUGUUUACAAAUCAACUAACAUUCGUCUAAUAUGUGACGUUCUCAGGAAAAACUAAUGGAAAAGUUUUCUCUUUUACUAAAUACAUUUUAAGAUCAAAAUAUAAAGGCUCGAAUCAUUUUAUUGUAUUCAUGGUGCUGUAAUGACAGUGUCAAUUGUAUUAUAUUUUAGAAUUUAGCUAUGCAGUUAAAAUAUUGUCAUUGUCAUUAUAGGUACUGUUUACUGAUAUUUAUCUCUAUAUUAUCUGAAUGACAGCUAUUUCAGAGUUGGGUUACAUUUAUUUUAAAUAAGUUUAUCCUUAUUUUAUUUCAAUUACACCUAAAUAUGAAGCCCAAGUCUGAUUUAGUGUAUUUAUUUGUACCAAAUCUUCGUGUUUUCCAUACCGAUCUUUAAAAAACAUGUGACUCGGUCGUUCGACCAGUGACAUAAUUCCACAGAUACAAAAUGUUUCACCUCAUUAGCUGAAUAACCUAUUCACGUGUUUUUAUGUAUUAUUUAAAUCCAUAUGGAAUAAAAUGGAGAGCAUUUAGAUUAGAUUAGAAAAGUUAUCUGAUGUAAAUGAUUUACAGAUUAUAUCCUAAAAAUAACGAUAUUGUAUAGCAGUUUGACAGAUCUAAGAAAGAGCCUUCAUUUUAUAGAAUCAUUGAAGGAUAUUUCAUAGAAAGUUAUUUAAUGAUGACUAUCAGAAAUGUAUAAGUGUUUAUACUUAAUAGUUUACGUUGAAUAGGUAUAAAGUUGACGAAAUAUAAAGUGAGUCGAUCUUGUUCAGACUUGUUCGAGAGAUCGGCUUACUUUAUAUUUCGUCACUUACUUACAUAAUAUUUAAGGCAAGAUUGUUCUGAAGUGAGCUUUUAAAUUGACGUUGUGUCGAGGUUGCUUGUCAUAUUGAGUAUAAAUUCAGAAAAUAACGUCUAAAGAUUAUGUAUUCAAUGUAAAUCUAUUUAGCUAACUAUACUGUAAUAUUUAGUUGCCGUCUGUGAUAUUGAAAUCACAAGAAAUGUUACUGACGCGUCUUAAAUAUUCCUCGUGUUUCAGUGAUUUUAUAAAAGUACAAGUUGCAAUUUUACAAGUCUAAACUGGCAACAUUAAUGCGAUUAACAUUUUCUCGACCAAUGAUUAGCCUUUUGACCGGUGUUGCCCGUUUGGUCUUGUAAAAUUGUAACCUGAAGCUUUAAUAAAAUUGGGCCCCGGUAAUUGAUUGAAUAAAUUAAAUUCAAUUACAUGGCAACACUAAACGUCACCCAAACAAACGUUGCCACGUUAUUGUUUUUUUUGGCGGACUUUUGUUGUUUUUUAUCACAGAUCGCUGUAUUUUAUUCCGCUGUCAUUCGCAUAUUUUAUUUCUUUAAAUCUCUGUAAAAAUAUUUUUUGACGUGCUACUUUUUGUAUUUAGACUUAGUCAUAUUUUUAGAGAGAGAGUAUUCCUAAUUUUAUUAAUUUAGACAACUUUUUGUGCCCUAGGCAGUGAUGGUAAAUAGUUAAAAUAGUGUUAAUAUUGUUCCUUCGCGAGUUGUAUAUUAUUUUCUAGAUAAUAUUUCUAUCGUAUUAUAACCAUUGACUAGUCUAUUUUUGCAAUCUUUAUUCUUCUUAUUAUAUUUUCAUAUUAUGUUAGUUUUUAAUAGGUCUACCUCGAAUCAUAUUGAACAUAUUUGGAACUAUGUAUAAUCAAUGGAUAUUUCUUCAACUGUAAAUUUAUCAGUAUGAAAGCACCCCUAUCACGUUAAUUUUCCAUCUAUGAAGUAAUAUUUCAAAGUAAUAUCAUAGAUAGAGAAAUAACUAUAGAUGUAAGUGAUUUUUAUACUGAUUUGUUUAAUUUUAGACGUUGUAUGUUGCAAUGUAAAGGAGUUAUGUCAGAUCUCUUGUUUACAGUAUUUAAAUUACAUGUAAUUUACAAGA